AUGUGUCUUCUGCACGCACUCGGGGGAUUUCCUCGGACUGUGCGCCAUCUUAACGACGACUGCUUUGUUAUCAACUUAUCCGCCUUUCACAAUGUCGAUGUUCUUUGGUCUGCCCUUCCACCCGACCUCUGCCGACCUCGCCGCUUGCUCGAAGACCCAUUGGCUGUGCGCUGCGCCAGGGGGGAAGCACUCAAGAAUAUUAAUGCCUUGGGAGAUGGAGAGGAAGAGGAUGAAGAUGGAGAUGCGGAGGAAGGAGAUGGGUCUUUUGGUGAUGGGGGAAGGAAUGUCCGUGGAGGCCAAGGUGGCUGUGGCGCCAUCAGAGGACGAGGGCGAGGACGAGGGUAUGGACGAGAACGAGGACGUAGGCAAGAAGGUGGCCGUGGGAGAGGUGAAAGCCGUGAGGAGUUACAAGCAACAACUCAGGAUACUGUCAUGGAGAGCAGGCCUUCCACGGCACCGCCCUUAG